CUGCUUUCUUUUGGUCUUCGGCUGGAGUAUCCGGUCGGCCGCUGCCUUAUGCCUCAUGCCUUAGCUUGUUGUUCCCCAGAACCCGGAUGGUGGGUGGGGCCUUGACAGAAGACACGACGGCUCCAAGUCCGAAUCACGUCAACUGCCGUCACGGCUUUUGAUGGUUGGCGUGACUUGAAGCUUAUCAUCAGCCGCGGGACGCGGACGACAAGAGCACGACAUCACGACAGGUAGCGAUAAUAGGCGCCUUGGAGAGGCAUCUCGAUGACAUGUCUCUCCAUCUCGAUGAUAACCGUCGCUCAAGGGUGAUGGUGUGUAUCCAGACUCUCACGCUCGAGUAGCCGGUCGCCUGCCAAAACGGUUGCACGUGCAUCUUGGUACUGCGUCGUUACUCGAUUGCCUUGACUGCCACAAUGAUGCCUACGGCAAUCUGCAGUCGAGGGUCAUUCUUUCCCCAGCUUGACAGCUGUCACAACUUGAUUUCCUGUACCAUGCUGAUGAUGGGAGUCUCAGAUAUGUUUGCCUGAAUGGCAUGCGCGUUUUUCGAGAAUGCCAUCUGACGAUACCACAUAUAUAUUUUAACGACGAGCGAAACACCUUAAAGGAGGAUGACACCAGGGUAAAAACGCUGUCUGGCUGUGAUACCUUGUCAACGGGCAACGCCAUUUGAGUUCUGACAGUUAUCAUGCUUCCCAUCACCGGUGCGAACCAACCUCAUCUCUGUGGUCAAGGACACCACGACGACCCUAGUGAGGGAUCAGGUACAUCCGGCAGAAGGAUGGGACAGAACCGAAUGUGAAUUUGGGCGGGGGGCUUUGGGACGAAGGGGCGCAAAGAAUACCAUUGCGACCUGCUGUCCUCGCGACCUGCUGUCCCACUUCUUGGCUCGCAAAGCUUUUUCGGCCACAGCCUCUCCCCUUGGCUCGUUGGCUUAGGUUUGCACCACUGAGGGCGUGUAUCACCAACUCGCAAAGGCAGAGCCUGCCAUGCCAGGAUUGGUACCGGCGGCCCAUUGACACAAAUCCGGGGAGGUACCUGGAUAGGUCAUCCUAUGUACAUACAGUUCGCGGCCAGUCCGAUCACGGUGGUCUCGCACCAUGUCUCUUUUUUUCCCGCUCAUGGUCCGCACGAAUGCGGCUCAGAAACCGUUGAUUCAGUUCAACGUAACGACACGGGAUAUUUCCCCCCCUGUUGUUGUUGUUGUUGUCCCGGCAGGUUUAGACGAGUUUCCCUCUUUCCGAUUUUCAAGGUUACGCUGCCACACACAUCGACAUUCACAUGGAGAUCCAACCAGACUCGGAGGUGGUCCCCAAACCCCCUGCGACAAGAGUUCAGGUACUUGUGCCUACGAGAUGGGUACAAGACUUUUGAUCUACCUCGAUUACCACACCGCCGCCUAGCCCGAAAAGGCGCCGACUCGCCCCAAGUGUCUGUCAAUCGCUGUCAGGCACAUAGAUAUAAAGCAUAAAAACAAGAGAUCUCUCCUCCCUCCCUGAUCUGAUCUCGAGCAACAACCACCGCUUUCAUCUCAAACACCACUUCAGCCUGAAGCCACAAUAUCAAUACGGGACCCUUUGGUCUUACAUCUUUGUCUAUCACACACCUUCUUCUUACCUACCUUUUCAACAUGAAGAUCUCGGUCCGCACCACGGGUCUUCCCCUCUGCCGGGCUGCUCUACCCGGCAGAGCCGUCAGAACAAUGGCCACAGCCGCCGUUGCCGCCGCCACCCAUGUCUCCUCAGGGUCGUCGUCACCCAUGAGCAUGCCACCACGCUUGUUCAACGUCCGAGCCGCGCAAAACGCCAGACUCCCUGUUCAACCUGCCUCACCCCCACGCCAGCCCACCACCACCACCACCACCCCCCAAAGUCAAACCCACCCCCUCAUGCCCCCGGGCUACAUCGCCACAACUGCCACCCUCCCCACCUUCACCAUCCCCAGCGUCAUCCUCCCCACCCCAUCCCACCACCUCCUCGCAAAAUCCAUCAUCUCGGCCUUCCGACGAGACGGCAUAAUUCAAAUAGCCCAAUCCCCUCUCCAACAACGCCUCUGCAAAGAAGCAAUGGCAGCCUCAAAGAAGUUCUUUGCACUCCCGCCCGAGAAAAAGGCGGCUUGCGUGGAUGAACGGUCGUAUGGGGGUUACAUCGCCUCCGGGGAAGAGGUCACCGACGGCAUAGCCGACUACAGCGAGAUAUUCACCAUCACCCGCGAUUUCGCCAAGACUGACUCGAGGGUCAAGGCGGGGUGGCCUUGUCAUGGACCUGUUCCCUGGCCUGAGAAUGGGGGAAUGAGGGAGACGAUGAUGAGGUAUAAGACCGAGCUAGGGGAGGAAGGGAAGAGGUUGGUGAGGUUGGUGGAGAUGGGGUUGGGGCUUGAGGAGGGGGAGCUGGGGCGCUGGAUUGGUGAUGAUGGGAAACAGGGGGAGGGGGGGUGGCAUCACGCACGGGUCUUGCGGUUUCCUCCCCGGAACAAGACUAAUGGGAAAGGGAAGGAGGGGAGGGGGAUUGGCUCGCACACGGAUUAUGGGCUGCUGGUUAUCUCGGCGCAGGAUGAGGUUGGGGGGUUGUUUAUUCGGCGGCCGAGUCGGGAGGAGAGGUUUGCGAAUUGGGAGGAGAGUGCUGCGGGCUUGAGGGAGGAGGAGGAGGGGUGGGUUUUUGUCCCGCCUGUUGGGGGGACGCAUACGGUUAUUCUUGGGGAUAUGAUGCAGUACUUGACGAGAAACUACCUCACCGCAACGCCUCACAAGGUCGGCCUGAACACACGAGAGAGGUUCGCGUUUGCGUAUUUUCACGAGCCGAGCUUUCAGGCUGUGUUGAAGCCCCUGAAUGGUGGUGUCAUCCCAACAGACCUAGACGACAGCAGAAAAAAAGACAAGGGGGUGCACUAUGGGACGCAUUUCACGAAUAUGUUUAUCAGGAAUUAUCCCGAGAGGAUCACGACGAAGAGGUUGCUGGCCGAGGGGCGGUAUGGGUUGUUGGAGAGGCCUGAGUUGAGGACUAUUGGGGCGGUUCCUACUACCACCACUGUCGAGAAGUCGGUAUGA